GGUGGGAUAGAAGUUUGUUGUCACAGCCACACGUACUGAAAUGAAAUGAACAGAAAUACCAUUAAUUAUUAUAAAUUAGCUUUGGGAAACUCUCAUUACAAUUAUAGGUUUGAAGAAAGUGGUUGUUGGAGAAUGGCGGUUUCAAAGAAGAUUUUAAUAACUGGAGUGAGCAAAGGGCUGGGAAGAGCUUUGGCUUUGGAAUUGGCCAAUCGCAACCACACAAUCAUUGGUUGCUCCCGUGACCAAUCCAAACUGGACUCUCUCAAACCUCUCCUUUUCAACUUCUCUUCCAAUCCUCAUUUCCUCUUCAACGUUGAUGUGACAUCGAAUAGCAGCGUUGAAAUGUUUGCACAGGCCGUUGUUGAAAACAAUCUUGUUCCAGAUAUUAUUGUGAAUAAUGCAGCUUUGGCAUGUAGAAAAUGUAAGAUAUGGGAGACUGAAGUUGAAGAAGUUGAUAAUGUGAUUAAUACUAACGUGAAAGGAACAAUAAAUAUAAUGCGUCAUUUUAUUCCUCUAAUGAUUCAUAACAAACAAGGGAUCAUCAUUAAUAUGUCUUCGGAUGCUGGAAGAGCUGCACAUCGAGAAUAUGCACUAUACUGUUCAUCAAAAUGGGCAGUGGAGGGAUUAAGCAAAUGUGUAGCGAAAGAAUUGCCAGAAGAAUUAGCAAUUGUGAGUUUGGAUCCUGGAGCUGUAUACACAGACAUGCUCGCUUUAUGCCUUGGUGAUCAUCAUAUGGCUUCACAAUUUCCAUCUCCUCGACAAUGGGCUUCGAAAGCAGCAACAACGGUUCUUGGUAUUACCACAUCAGACAAUGGGGCAUCUCUUACAAUUAACUAAUGUGCCAACUAUUUCAAACAUGUACAAAUUUAACGCAUAAGAAUAUGUUCAGUUUGUAGUCAUUUCGAUUUGAACGUAGUCUCAAAACAGAGUUGGUUCAUUAUGAUGACUGGUCUAUAAUAUACCUUUAUCGGAUCUUUCUUGUUUGAAAUUAAUAAUUUAUAAGUUUUAGCA